AUGUCGUCUAAAUCCAUGGAUUUAAUUGUAGUUUUGACAUCUGUUUUAGCUUUGCUAUUUGCUCAAACCAUUAAUGGCGUCACUGUUGAGCUCAUACACCCUAACUCUCCUUCAAACCCUAAUCGCAACCAGUUUGAUUGGAUCCGGCAGGCGUAUAACAACACUCGAUCACGCGCCGCCUUCAUCCACAGUCGCCUCCUCGGAGUCGACGAUUCUUCCAAAUUCAAGACCGAUAUGAUCCCCAACGGGGGAGGAUACAUCAUGAAGUACUCCGUCGGUACACCGCCGUUUGAAACCUACGGCAUCGCCGAUACCGGCAGUGACGUUACGUGGACUCAGUGCCAACCUUGCACCGAUUGCUUCCCGCAAACCCCGCCCAUAUUUGAUCCCAAGAAUAGCAAUUCAUACAAAACGACACCGUGCGAUUCGGAUGCCUGUUCUAUCUUCGGCUCUAUCUGUUCCGACCAAAAAGUUUGCCAGUACGACAUCACCUACGGCGACCAGUCCCAUACCGCCGGCGAUGUGGCUACCGAUACACUAACCAUCGGCGACGGCUCCUUCACGGACGUCAUGUUCGGUUGCGGCCACAAUAAUUCCGGCUUCCCCGACGUCAGCUCCGGCAUUUUCGGUCUCGGCUACUCCAACGUGUCGUUCGUCAAGAAGUUGAGAAACCAAAUCGACGGAAAAUUCGCUUAUUGCCUGUCUCCUCAGCCUGAUUCCAAAAGCUAUAUAAGUUUCGGAACAGACGCCAUAGUUACCGGUGCCGAUGCAGUUUCAACUCCCUUCGCUGUAAGCCUUGACAAAACUAUAUUUUACUGGCUCUCCUUAGAAAGCAUGAGCGCCGGAGACAAAAACUUCCCGGUCAAGCAAUCUUCCACUUCCGACACCAGUGAUCAGACCGGCAACGUUAUCAUUGAUUCAGGAACCAUGCUGACAGUCAUCCCGACCGAUAUGUUCAAUAGUCUGAAAUCGGAACUAACGAAACAGAUCCCGGCUACUCCCAUAGAUGAUCCUCAAGGCGAAUUCGGGCUAUGCUACUCGACAAGUGAUAAAUUUGAGGCGCCAAAAAUUGUUGCACAUUUUUCCGGCGCUGAUGUAUCGUUGUCAUCUCGGGGAAUAUUCCAACAAGCAGGAGAAGGUAUCUCUUGUUUGACAAUAGUUCCAGAUCAACACCUCAAUAUAUUUAUCUUUGGCAACUUGUCCGAAGUAGAUUACCUUGUUGGAUAUGAUUUGAAAGCCAAGACAGUCACCUUCAAGCCUGCUGAUUGCUCCAAAUUUUAA